AUGCCUUCACUCGGACGAGCUCUGCUGCUGGCUGCGGCUAUGCCGUUAGCCAGCUUCGUCAGUGCCCAGAAAAUCGUUGUUGACGGAAAGACCGUUGCUUGGCUAACUUUAUUCGCAGAGGCCAAUGAGGUUACGGUUUCCCCCGCCGCCGAGGAGGUCGCAGCGGCCGAUAUCCCGGAGCAGGCCGUCGAGUUGACCGACGCCGUGCUGGCCAACCUCACCCAGCUCGAGUUGACCAACGUUUCGCUUUUUGCAUUCCCCGACACUGAGGGUAUACAGAAGCGCACCUUUCCCUUUAGCAAGUGCAAGACUUUCCCUGGCGACUGGCUCUACCCUAAUGAGGCCGUCUGGAGGGUCUUCAAUCUCCUUACUGGUAAUGCUCUUAUUAAGACUGUCCCUCUGGGUGCCGCAUGCUACCAGGGCGAGCACUACGAUGCCGACAAGUGCAAAUUUUUAAUUGACAACUGGUCCAAGUCUGAUACCCACGACGAGGACCCUACCUCUGUUAUGUCCCCUCUCUACCAGGGUGCGACUUGCCAGCCACAGAACGCUGCCAACAACGGUACCUGCGAACUCGGCGGUUUCCCUCUUUACUCCGUCAAGGCUACGAAUGUUGCCCAGAUCCAGCUUGCCAUCAACUUCGCGCGCAACCUCAACCUCCGUCUUGUCGUUCGUAACACUGGCCACGACUUCUUGGGCAAGAAUACCGGUGCUGGUUCUUUGUCCAUCUGGACCCACAACCUGAAGGGUAUCAAGUUCAUCAAGAAGUACAAGUCUGCCGGCGGCUACAAGGGUCCUGCUUUCAAGCUCGGCGCUGGUAUCCAAGUCUCUGACCUGUACGAGGCAGCUGAUAAAGAAGGCUACACUGCUGUUGGUGGAGAGUGCCACGGUGUUGGCGUUACUGGUGGUUACAUUGCCGGCGGUGGCCACUCUCCCAUGAGCCCCAUCGCCGGUCUUGGAUCUGACCAGGUAUUGAGCGUUGACAUCGUCACUCCUGACGGUCGCCACAUCACCGCCGACGACAAGAACCACAAGGAUCUUUUCUGGGCUGUCCGUGGCGGCGGUGGUGCCACCUGGGGUGUCGUCACUGCCAUGACCGUCCGCGUCUACCCCAAGAUGAAGUUCUCCGGUCUAACUUGGAGCAUCAACACUGCCGAGAAGAACAUCUCCAGCAACACCUUCUGGGCCGCCAUGGAAGCUUACUGGCGUCGAUUCCCCGAAUUCGCCGACAAGAACAGCUACGGCUACUCCACCGUCUUCCCGGCUGGCGAGGGUGCCUACCUCUGGAGCAUGCGUCCCUGGCUCGUCCCCGACUUAUCCCUGAAAAAGUUCAAGAAGAUGGUUGCUCCUUUGUUUGAGGAGUGGGCAGCUAUCGGCUUCAACGUUGAGCCCGAGUACUUCGAGCACAACAACUUCUACGCCACCUGGAAAAACCACUUCCCCACUGAGAACGUCGGCACCGCCACCGUCCGCACCGCCUCUCGUCUAAUUCCCAAGGCCAACUGGAAGGACGCUGCUCUUCUCAACGAGACCAUUUCGACCCUCAAGAACAUUGUCCUCGAGGGAUCCGCGCUGAUUCAAUACAACAUGAACCCCUCCGUUCCCAAGCGCACUACCGACAGCGCCGCCAACCCCGCAUGGCGGGAGACCCUCAUGUUCGCCAUCAUCGGUGGCGGUUGGGCGGCUGACGCCUCUGAGGAGGACAUCAAGGCCACCAACGUUCGCAUCACCCACGACUGGAUGGAGCGUCUCCGCCAGAUCACCCCAGGCAGCGGUGGCUACGGCAACGAGGGCGAUGUCAUGGAACCCGACUUCGGCCAAGCCUUCUUCGGCUCCAACUACCCCCGCUUGUACCAGCUGAAGCAGCAAAUCGACCCCUGGGGAGUCUUCUACGCCCCCACUGCCGUUGGUAGUGAGGACUGGUACAUCGCCCGCCAGCCUGACUGGCUCACUCUUCAAACCGACCGCCUCUGCCACAAAUAA